ACGCCCGUCGCCUCUUCUACAAAACAUGUUUCUUCAAGACACGAUACGAUUGUUGGACGAGCAAAGUCUGAGAUGGCCGCGGCUGCAGCGGCAAUGAGCAAGGCGGCUGUAUCCACCAAUGCACAAUCCCAUGACCGGAAGGAAAGCCGUGACCACGAUGGCGACGAGGAUGAGGACGAUGACGACUGGGUUGACCCAGUCAAACCUUCUCCCCCAGGGUCAACACCCUCUGAUCCCAAGAUUAGUAGCAGCCAUCACCAUCAUCAGCAGAGUAGCUCAGGUGAAGGCGCAAUCCCCCCAACUAUGACUGAUUCCUUUACGAAGACGAGAGGGAAAGGCGACGAUGCUUCUCUCACCCCAACGCCUCGCGCCGGCUCUCAUCCAGCGCCCAACGCAUCAAAGAUGGCAUCCAAAGACUUACCCGCUAUACCUACCACCCUAGUUUCUAUCCCACGUGAGGCAAACUCGAGGUCUUCCUUCAAUUCUCGCCGUUCCUCGCAGAUUGCCAUUUCUGAGGUGCAGGUCCCCUUCCCUACCCGAACCGCCGACCAUAAAAAACAAUCCUCUUCCACUUCCUCUCGCUCAGCCACGUCUUCGAAUCCGACUUCUCCCGGGUCAUCGCCUGCUUCUGCAUAUCCAUCCUCUACACAUGCGUACCGUCAUCACCAUCACCAGUCUUCCGCUUUGGAGAGAGAUGCGGUCGGAUAUCCAUUCCCAGGGAAUAUGACGGAUGAGAGUGGCACCACAAGUAGCGACAGUGGACCUUCUUCGGAAUCUUGGGGUGGCGAUGAAAAGUCCGGAAUGAGAGGGUCAUUGGUACCCAAGAGAGAGAGGAAGACGACUGUUGGCAGGACGGCCCCAAUCCAACUGGCGUCGUCACCCCCGGGAUCUGUCAUCAGCUCAUCGACACACCAUUCCAAAGGCUCGUCAAGACAUACAGAUCGUAGUGGCUCUAUAAGGGCCAAAGAUGGUGGUCGAACGACGAGUGGUGGUGUCAAGGCGGUCUGGGACGACGAAGAUGGAGACGACUUUUGA